AUGGCAUCGCCUGCUCCCAUCGCCCCGACGGGGAGCGCCCCUUGGAACCGCCAGAAUGUUCAGCAGCAGCAACACCAGUAUCAACAGCAGCGUAUGCCUGCUCAGACUCCCCAGGCUCCUCAGGCCGAAGCUGACGAGAAUGGGGUUCAAACCAGAGCGAUGGGCCUCAAGGUCCAUUAUACCUUCGACGCCGAGGCCAAGGUCAAUUGCUUGGCCAGAUAUCCCCAACCUCUCCAGGUUCAAACGGUCCCCAUUGACGAGACGAAUUCAAUCGGCGUUGUCGACUUGAGAUCAUGUAUCCACGCUGUAAUGGAUUGCAGCCCCGAGCUUGCUGGCCAGGAGAACGACUACACCAUAUAUGCUGUCGACUUUUCAGAACCAGAUUUUCCCUUGGUCGGACAGGGCUUGCUUUCAUGGGCCCUCGAGGCAAUGCAGAGUCAGUCGAUGAUGCAGCAGCCCAAGAUGGUCACCGGACGCGUGGCCAAAAAUCUGCCGGGCAUUUUUGGAGGCGGCCAUCGCGAAACGCUCGAGGUCAGGUUACGGCUCUCCGUCGCACCAAGAUCGAACAAGCCAGCCCUUCACAGCGGCAAUGGCGACAUGCAACAACACACCAGACCGGUGGAGAGUGCCAUGACUCCGACAGGUGCUUCGGAGUGGAAUACUUUUAUCCAGUCAAAUCCCCAAAUCGGUCAGAUAAGUCACGUUUCAAGGGUUGUCUCGCCUGCGUUGUCACAGGGUCACGGCCACCCACAUCAGCAGCCUCCCGUGAUGAGCAGCCGAGAGUCCUUUGCGUCAGUGCCUGCUCAGCAGCCGCAGGUGCCCACACACGACGUUCACAGAAUAGCUCCCAUUCCGGUCGACCUCAGCGAGCAACUGGCAGACGGGGCUGCACCAUCCUCAAGACCGUCCAGCAGGGCCUCCAACCGAGCCCCGAGAAGAAAACCACCUACUGGCCGCCCACGAGGCAGACCACGUAAGAAACCCGUCGAAGGAAAUACGUCUGGUUACGAAGAUGGCACAGAAGGGGAGGACGGCCCCGCCAAGAAGAGGGUCAAGACGACGCAGGUUGAAAGAACGGCACCAAAUUUAUUUGCAAAUGGACCCGAGUCUCUAAGAGUCGCUGCCAGCACCUCUGGCUCGCUGCGCACAUUUCGACCUAUUGUGGCAAACACUGAGGGCCCUUCGGGCAGCGGCAGCAGCCAUCUACAGGAAGUUCCUCGAGCCCCUACGCCGGUUCCAGAUCGUUCUCUCCAUGCUGGUCCGGGCAGAGGCCCUGGGCCAGUGAAGCUGAGACGAGAAUCGGCUCUGAAUCAGCAGCUGUUUUCAAACAACGCUUCGUCUGCGGAGUCUAGGCAACCCUUGUCACCCGGCCAAGAAGACGGCCGUUCGCCCGAGUCCAUGGCGCCCACUCCCUCCUAUUCGGUAGACAGCCCGGCAGAUAUUGGUUCAUCGCCUCCCGUACAGCGAGCCACUCCGUUCCUUCGAUCAAGCCUACCCCCCUCUAGUCCCGUUCUUCCGCCGAUGCCGCCGACUGAGCUUAAUCGCGACGCUAGCUUUGCUACUGACGACUUGGAUGACCUCUUUGGCGAUGAGGCCGAUGCGCCGGCUCCCAUGGCACCAACGAAAGCACUUGCUAGAGCUGUCCGGAAACCUACCGAGUCGAGGAAUGCUAGUGGCGUGCCCAUUCAAGUUUUCCAGAUGCAGGAUGGUCCGGCUGGACAGGAUCUCGUUCACAUUUGCAGCUACAAUUCCCCUCAGCCGGCCCCAGCGGCAGCGGUAAAAGAAGGAGGCGACAUGCAAUCACUGCCAUCCUUGAAGAAGGCGCCGAUUCGGAUAGCGGCGAAAAAGAAGACAAAGCCACCUUCUCCGCCAGGCAUGGCUCCCACUCCUCCGCCAACGACUGACGCCGUUGAGAACGCAGCGACACCCCCGCUGACCGCCGAACAAGGAACGGAAGAGGCUGGCCAGCGGAUCUGCAACCAUGUCAACAUUGCACCUGAGCCCGCCGCCGAGCAAUUGCACCCCCAAAAUACCCAGCAGGACAUGGACAAGGAGGGAGAGCCCACGCAGGGGCCUGCCGCGGCAAAGGCGCCGAGGCAGUUGGGCCGAUCUCAGUCUGCAGGGCCGUUGGCUCUGCCAACAAUCCCAGCCGGUGAGCCCGCUGGACCAUCCUCUCUCUCACGAUGCAUAGUUUCUGCGCCCAAGUUCCCAGCUCCACCGGCCCCUUCAGCAUUGAAGAGAGCAGCCUCGACUGGUCCUCUCGCCCUUCCGGUCCCUGCCAGCGACCCGGUCGUGCCUAUUGCUCUUCCCACAAGCAUGGAAACCGUAACCGCUACAUUUGCCAAGAGUGAUGCUGUCCCAGCACCCUCAUCCCCACCACUCGUUGCAUCCAGGGCAAACAAGAACAUUGUAAAGAAGCACGCCAUCAAGCAACGGCUUGAAGAGGCCAUCAUGAAUGGAGAGAUGCCUCCCUAUUGUAGCAACUGCGGGGCCAUCGAGACGCCAACCUGGCGCAAGAUCUGGGUUCAGGAAAACGACGGUGUUCCCGAGUACUGUGAGUACUCGGAGAAGCCUGGGAAAAUAACGGCAAUCGAGAUUCUGCAGCGGGACGGGGACGGAAAACCUACCGUGCACCGCCUCGUCAAGAAGAGCUUGGGGCCUUCGGAUGACAGAGCAAAGUGGCAAGAGCGGUUACUUUGUAACCCCUGUGGCAUCUGGCUCACCAAGUGCAAAAGCCACCGUCCUCAAGACAGGUGGGACAAGGACCUCUCGCGGGUGGGACAAGAACGCAGAAAGCGAGGCACUGGUCGAAGCAAAAAGUCUCGUGGCAAGGAUGACGGAGCGAAUCCCACUUCGGAAGCUUAUCUCCCGACUGAUGCAUUCGGCCCUGUCGAACCGUCUUCUCCGAAGCAGCCGCACCCCGACCUACCCAACGGUCGAAGUGUUCGGGAUGUUGGCGUACGUGAAGAAUCAGCGAGUCUCGACAUGCAGGAAUCGCAAUCCAACCCUGGGUCGACUCACUCUGGGGGAAGUGGCACUGCAAAGAGUCCCGUGGAUGUGGAAUUUGACCAAGCAGUGGGCAGCACGAAGCGACUCUUGUUCCCCUCGCCACGAAAAGACGGAGCUCCAAAAUCACUGGAGGAGAUCAACGUUAAUAUUGUGCAGACUUCUGACGAGUGUCUGUCGAAAGGUUCUGGCACUGGUAAAGAAAACACGGCAAGCACGAGGCCGGAUGAAGAGUCCAAUGAUGACGACGAUGUUCAGGCAGUAUCGAAGAAGCCCGCGGCAGUAGCUCGACCGUCGACGCCAACGCCAAGUUCGAAGGCCGGAACGCCCAAGGAGCCGCUCAAGACGCCUUCACGUCCCACGCCGAGCCACAGACCCAUUACAAGAAGCAUUUCUCGAUCAAUCCGGACCAUCAGGUCAAUUGCGUCGCCCGGUCAGGCUCUUGUCCAGGGGACGCCGACCAGGACGUCACGGUUACCGGAAAGCGGCCUUCCAAGACGCAGUCCUCGCAACCACCAGGGGGGAUUCGAGGUGUUUGAUACACCCAUCAGCCGCACCAUCAGCCAAAUGUUCUCAGAGGGCAACGGCUUUGGGGCGGACGAUCUUGAUCUGAGCAGUCUUCCGGCGCUGGACGAUAACGCCGGCAGCAUGCUUGACUUUGGCAACCUCCUCAGCACAGAUGCUGUGAUGCCCAGCUCGCCGCCCAAGGAUGGCUCCAUGUUGUUUGAUUAUCACGCCUCGUCUAGUGCGUGGGCCCAAUGGGACAUGGACACCAGUUGA